GCUCCUCCCUCCGCCCGCCGCCCGGCCCGCCACCGGGGUCGCCGGCUGCUGACGUGUGCGCCCGCAGGUGCCGGUCGACAUGGCGGUGGACAUCACCCUGCUGUUCCGGGCCAGCGUCAAGACCGUGAAGACGCGGAAUAAGGCUCUGGGCGUGGCGGUGGGCGGCGGGGCCGAGGGCACCCGCGACGAGCUGUUCCGCCGGAGCCUCCGGCCCAAGGGCGACUUCUCCAGCCGGGCCCGCGAAGUGAUUUCUCACAUUGGCAAACUGAGAGAUUUUCUUCUGGAACACAGGAAAGAUUAUAUCAAUGCUUACAGCCACGUCCUGUCUGGAUACGGGAGGAUGACAGACACGGAGCGAGACCAGAUAGACCAGGAUGCCCAGAUAUUCAUGAGGACCUGCUCGGAAGCGAUCCACCAGCUCCGCGCCGAAGCCCACAAGGAGACCCAUUCCCAGCAAGUGAGGGAGCACCGGACCGCCGUGCUGGACUUCGUCGAGGACUACCUAAAAAGAGUGUGCAAGCUCUACUCAGAACAAAGAGCCAUCCGAGUUAAGCGAGUGGUGGAUAAGAAGAGGCUGUCAAAGCUGGAACCAGAGCCAAGUACAAAGACGAGGGAGUCCACGCCUCCUGGGAAAGUCACGCAGGAGUCUGAAGAAAAGCCCGCCGCUGAGGAACAGCCAGAGAAGCUCCUGCCGGAAGCACAGCCCGAGGUGGGGGCCUGGGGCGACGGCAAGGGUGAAGACGAACUGUCCCCGGAGGAAAUACAGAUGUUUGAGCAAGAAAACCAGCGGCUCAUCGGAGAAAUGAACAGCCUGUUCGACGAAGUGAGGCAAAUCGAGGGGAGAGUGGUUGAAAUUUCCAGACUCCAAGAGAUUUUCACCGAAAAGGUGUUGCAACAGGAAGCCGAGAUCGACAGCAUCCAUCAGCUUGUGGUCGGGGCCACUGAGAACAUCAAGGAGGGCAAUGAGGACAUCCGGGAGGCCAUCAAGAACAACGCGGGCUUCCGGGUGUGGAUCCUCUUCUUCCUGGUCAUGUGCUCCUUCUCGCUGCUCUUCCUCGACUGGUACGACAGCUAGCGGGCGGCGGCCGAGGCUGCCCACCCGCCCCGCCCUACACCGCCUCGCCCCGCAGACACGGCUGGCGCCGGCAGGGCUUGGCACCAGGGCACGGCCGCGCGGUGGUGAUGGCGCCGCGGGAGGGCUGGGAGGACCAGAACUGCGCGGAAGGGACGCCAAGGAAGGAACCUGCCAGAAGCUGGGCGUGGGGGGGGGGGCACCGGACUGGAGCCCGUGUGCAGAUGCAGGGCGAGGUGGCCGGCGGGCGCCCCCUGCCGGGGUCACGGGCCCUGUGCUCGCCCCGGAGUUCUCCAGCCCUCCCCAUCCCAGGGGCCUCGAGCCCGACCCCGGCUGCCGCUCAUCCCCCCCCCCACCCCCCCCAGGGCUUCUCGCCUGCCGAGCCCCGGGUCCCGGUGCCCGGGAAGAGCCCACGCUUGCCUGUGGGCAUAAUAAACGUGACU